GUCUAUUUAACUGUGACCUGUAAAAUGGAGUAAUAUGGUUAUUCUUGGUUUAAGCCAGAGUUUAAACCUUAAUUCAAUCUCCAGUCUCUAGGUUGUAAAAUUGGCUCUAAGCUCUCACAAUCACGUUCACAACCACGAUUUUUCCCAUUCCACUUAGCCUUAUAAUAUAGCGUUAUAAUCGUAAAUCCAAGUGGAAUGGCUUACGGGACAUUUUGAGCAUUGAGAUCAAUAAUAAGGCAAAACCGAAAAAAUAAAAUAAAAGCUUCAAGAGAUUAUAUUACAAUUUGUAAGUUGUUCAAUUUUUUAGUGGUGUGUCUAACUGAUUUACAUUAAAGUGGAAUUAAAAUAUUCUCUGCGGCGAUAGUGAAGUUUUGGUGGCAUGUCACAAGAAUGCUUCAGAAAGAAUUAUAAUAUCCCACACCGCAUCAAAUAAUGAUAUAUAUUCUCAUGGUUACAGUCUACGUUACUUGAUUUUUGAAAAUUCCGCUAAUUCUUUCAACGCUCAGUUCGACCCGUGAACGUUAAUCAUGACGACAACGAUCGUAUUCGCUAUGUGGAACGCCCAAAAGAGUAUUUUCCCCAUAUAUGUAAUACAGUAGUUGUAAGUAUUACAUAUAUAUCCUUCCAGCAAGCUAUAUAUUUAACCCUUAAGUUGGUAAAGAUUGAUUUCUUGGAUUCGGAGAUUACGCUUGCGUAUAACCUCGAUAAACAAUGACAAAAUUUUAUAUGUUGGUACAAUUGCAUUAUCAAAAAAUAUGAAAUUGACAUAAAUGGCUAUAGGCUUUUGACUUUUAAGGGAUUAAUAAUUUUUUGUGUUUGUUGUUGUGAUAGGAAGUUGUAAAAGACUAUAUUAUGUUUUGAUACUCUGUAUAAAUUUCAAUAAUAUGAACAGUGAAUGAAAUUGCAACAAGAAAUGUCAAAUUGACAAUUGUUUUUCUUCGUUACAAUUAUUUAUACAUACGUUCUACACACUAAUCGUAAUCACCUGAUUCAAAAUUAUUUGCAUGAAUACCAAUAAAAGUAUUGGAACAGAUAAGACCAGCACAAUUGAAGCUAAUGCAAAAAACUAAACCAACUUUUGGCCACGUCAUUUCAACUUUUAAUUAGAAGUUAAUAUUCAAGUCUUAUAUGAAAUGGCAUCAGGUAUAGAAAAAAGUAUCAAAGACUCCACUGGGGACGGAAGUCAAAAUUCGAACACCAAAGAUGACGAAAGAAAGGAUGAUUCUAUGUUUGAAUGUAAUAUAUGUUUAGAUACUGCUAGAGACGCAGUAGUUAGUAUGUGCGGCCAUCUGUUUUGCUGGCCUUGUUUGCAUCAAUGGUUAGAGACCAGACCUAAUAAGCAAGUAUGUCCAGUUUGUAAAGCUGCUAUCAGUAAAGAAAAAGUUGUGCCAUUAUAUGGAAGGGGCAGUACAAAACAGGAAGACCCAAGGGAAAAAGUACCACCUCGACCAGCUGGACAAAGAACGGAACCUGAACCUGGUAUCAACUUUCCUGGAUUUGGAUUUGGCGACAACAGUUUCCACAUGUCUUUUGGCAUAGGAGCUUUUCCCUUUGCUUUCUUCACAUCUGCUUUUAAUAUUGGUGAACUUCGAACAGUAGGUCCACAUGGUACUCAACAACACAUGGAAGAACAAUUCUUAUCAAAGAUAUUUUUAUGGUUAGCCAUACUAUUCUUGACCUGGUUAUUGAUGGCAUAGAUGACAUUAAAAAAAACUCAUUUUUCAAGUGUCUCAUAAAAUAAGUGUAUCUAUUUUCAGUACACUCAAUACAGUUCUUAUAAUUGCAUUUUAGAACGUUUAUAUUUAUAAUCAUUUGUUGUAUUUUAUUGGGAUGGUAUAAAAAUUGGGUAAUGGCUGUUGUUAAUACUCUAAUUUGGUCAAGUGAGAUGUAUAUAUAAUAAUUGAACUAUAGUGUGUUAUGUGAUUAUAAUUUUUGUUCUAGUACUUUAUUCAUGUAGAAAUGAGGAUAAAAAAUACAAGACGGCAAAUUAGAUAAAUGUUAA